AGCCGCUUGGCUCCUUUCCAACGACAUCGCCCUCACGUCUUUGCGCCUGCGCGUACGCGCGUACUCGGCGGCGUACUCACAACAACAACAACGCGCAGCAGACUACAAAGAACAUGACAAAGAACAACGUUCGAUACUGGCUUUGUGUGGGAGACAAACGGACUUUCUAAGCUUCUAGCAGUGCAGGAUUGUCCUAUAAAGAAACCAGUUGGUGGUGAAUUUAAAAGAACACCUCAAGGAAGCAAGAUCGAGUGGGAAACCCCUGGCUCAAGUAAAUGAAGAAACACAAGGCUUCAGCUACAGGAAACAGUUUCUACUUUACAGAGAGAAGCUGCUUCAAUACAGGGAUUGUGGAGGAACUACUGCUACGAGAGAUUCCACCAGGAGCUUCUCUCUCACACCUCUUCCAUUUACCCGCGUAGCAACACCGAGGACUAAGGGUGUUUCCACAGUUAACCGGGGGCCUCAUUAACCGAGGGCCCAAGAGCUACUAGCGCCAUCUAACUCUUCAAGUUCCUGCCCGUCGGAUUCGCAGCUGCAAUAUAUGGAGCUGACUCCGGAAUGCAGCGGUCGGGCCGAGAAAGUAAAAUCGGAGACCCUGGAUGCUGCAUGCCUACCGGAACGAUGCCAGACACAGCAGCAACACUGUGCUGAGGCUCCAUUAGGAGGGGCGACAACGGAGACGCGCCACAUCAAAGAAGAACCUCUGGGCAACCUUUCGAAGGAACAUCCAAUCGUUGAAGAGGAAACAGAGCCCUACGACACAGCAAUCUUGGUGGCACGCAGCCAUGGCGCAGCGUCAGAAGAUGCAACAGCGAGCAGUCGCAUUCCCCGUGUUCCGGAUGAGCCAGCAGACACUUGUGAUCCGUCAUCGUCAGGCAGCCUGAAAGACUACGUGCUUCCCCACGAUUUUGAUGAGUUGGAAGAGCGUCCCGUCGCAACGGAGGACCAGGUAGGAGGGAAGACACUCGAGUGCGACCUCAGUCCAGCUAUGCCCUCCCUGUCUGAGCGUGUCGGCGAUCAUACGCAGGAGCAAACCGAUGAAGUGCCAUACAAGUGCGACCUCUGUCCUGCAGCGUUCAGCCACAGCGUGCAGCUGCAGCGUCACAAGAGCGCGCACCCGGGUGUGAAGCCGUUCAAGUGCACUUUCUGCCCCUCCGAGUUUGCAAAGCUGCACUACCUGACGGUCCACGUACGGACUCACACCGGCGAGAAGCCGUACAAGUGCGACCUCUGCGACGCACAGUUCGUCCAGAGCACGCACCUGCUGCGUCACAAGAGGACGCACACGGGCGAGAGGCCUCACAAGUGCCACCUCUGCCCUGCGGAGUUCACCCGGAGCGCGCACUUGGAGCGCCACAAGAGGACGCACACGGGCGCGAGGCCGCACAAGUGCGACCUCUGUCCGGCCGAGUUCACCCAGCUGCACCACCUGAAGGAUCACGUACGGAUCCACACGGGCGAAAAGCCGUACAAGUGCAGUGCAUGUCCUGCGGAGUUCAGGCACUGCACGCUCCUCCGGCGUCACAAGUGGACACACAUGGGCGAGAAGCCGCACAAGUGCAAUCUCUGUCCCGCAGAGUUCACCCAGAUGCACCUCCUGAAGGACCACGUGCAGUCCCACACUGGCGAGAGGCCGUACGGGUGCGCCCUCUGUCCGGCAAAGUUCACCUUCAGGACGCACCUGUGGCGCCACAAGCGGAUGCACACGGGUGAGAAGCCCUUCAAGUGCGACCUCUGCAUGGCCGAGUUCAGUGAGAGCGGGAACCUGCGACGUCACCAGAAGACACACACGGGCGGGAAGCCACACAAGUGUGUCCUCUGCCCCGCUGAAUUCACACACCUCCAUCGCCUCAAUGAUCAUUUAAGGGCUCACACCAGUGUGAAGUCAUAAAAGUGGGUUCUCUGGCACAACGCGAGCCUCCAGCAUCGUUAGGGACACACGAGUGUGAUUGACUAUCCUGGCGUUUGCUGACCAAGAGCGAGGGAGGCUCCGCCACUUGGAUGCCGGCCAAUAGGAGGACGCGGAGGGCAGGCAGUUCCCAAGCCUCUGCUCUCGCCCAAGAGAUGGCGCUGCGUUAUUGCUGUUUCUGCCAUGGCGCACUAAUUUAACCAACUGCUUCGCCGUCCAUUAACCAGCAGCUGUUGCAGUUUUGCCUGCCGCAAGGCUUCUGCCAUGGCACCACCGGUCUAACCGACAUCUUUGCCGCCCGUUAACCGGUGUAUGCUCGACUUGCGCUUCGCCUCAUUCUCAAGAUGACGGACGGCGAAGCCAUUGGCUAGAUUGGUGCACCAUUGGAGAAGCCUUGCGACACGGGAAACAACGGUAACACUGAUCCAUCUCUCAAGCUUGGGAAGCGCCUGCCCUCCGCAUCCCCCUAUUGGCCCACAUCCAGGAGGCAGAGCCUCCCUUGCUCUUGGUCAGCUGACGCAAGGAUGACGCAGAUGACGCAAGGAUAGUUGCGUGAUUUGUCCUCCAGGGUCAGGACACAGUUGGAACCUGCGGUGUCACAAGUGGGCAAGAAGCCACGCAAGUGCGAUUUCUGUCCUGCGCAUGGGUAGUUGUCCCAUGCAUGCAUCGGACAGUGCAUACUAUAAAGAAGGUGGCCAAUAAAUUUCAGGUGUCAGUGGU